CCAGCAGGAGGGACAGGAAAACUGCAAGCCGCUCUGUUCCUGGGCCUAGGAAGUGAUGCUCAUGGCGUCCCCUCAAACCCUGGUUCUCUGUCUGCUGGUCCUGGCAGUCACUGAAGCCUGCGGCCAGGAGGCAGUCAUCCCAGGCUGCCACUUGCACCCCUUCAAUGUGACAGUGCGAAGUGACCGCCAAGGCACCUGCCAGGGCUCCCACAUGGCACAGGCCUGUGUGGGUCACUGUGAGUCCAGCGCCUUCCCUUCUCGGUACUCUGUGCUGGUGGCCAGUGGCUACCGACACAACAUCACCUCCGUCUCUCAGUGCUGCACCAUCAGUGGCCUGAAGAAGGUCAGAGUACAGCUGCAGUGUGUGGGGAGCCGGAGGGAGGAGCUCGAGAUCUUUACUGCCCGGGCCUGCCAGUGUGACAUGUGUCGCCUCUCUCGCUACUAGCCCAUCCUCUCCCCUCCUUCCUCCCCUGGGUCACAGGACUUGACAUUCUGGUGGGGGAAACCUGUGUUUGAGCUUCAAAAACUGGAAGGAGCUCCAACCCUGCUGGUUACUUGCUAUGGAAUUUUUUUAAAUAAGGGAGGGUUGUUCCAGCUUUGACCCUUUGUAAGAUUUCGUGACUGUCACCUGAGAAGAGGGGAGUUUCUGCUUUCUUCCCUGCCUUUGCCUGGCCCUUCUAAACCAAUCUUUAUCAUUUUACUUCCCUCUUUGCCCUUACCCCGAAAUAAAGCAAGCAGUUCUUGA